AUGCCAAGACCAAGAGUUUCAGAGUUGUCUCAGAGGCAAGCUCCGAGGCUGAGGACAUCAUCAUCUACUUCUAUCUCGAAUCAUGCCAACCGUCUGAUCACUACUGACCGGAGUUUUAAGCUCGGUGCUGACCGUAGAUCUCCUACAAGUGGUGGACCUCACAGUGAUCCGCUUCGUCAGAAGAAGCUUGGUGGACGAAUAUCAGAUCUAGAGUCGCAGUUAGGACAAGCUCAAGAGGAACUGAGAUUGCUCAAAGAGCAGUUGGCUAAUGCUGAAGCUGUCAAGAAACAAGCUCAAGAUGAGCUUCACUGUAACAAAUCCAAGAAACCGAACCCGCUGGCUCGAGUGGAAGGACCUGCAUCUGGGGCUGAUACGAUCGACAGAGACGAAACUCCCGGUGAUGCGCUGAAAGAGACUGAUGUGUUUGAGGUUCCUGUUGAGAAGAUUGCGGUGGAAGAAGAAGAACCAAGAAGCGGAAACCAAGAAGCUGAGAAAUUAGCUGCUAAGGAAGAUGAGAUCAAGAUGUUGAAAGCUAGACUGUACGAUAUGGAGAAAGAACAUGAAUCACUAGGCAAAGAGAACGAGAGCUUGAAGAAUCAGCUGAGUGAUUCGGCUUCAGAGAUGUCUAACGUGAAAGCUAAUGAAGAUGAGAUGGUUUCAAAGGUGAGUCGGAUUGGGGAAGAGUUGGAAGAAAGCAGAGCAAAGACAGCUCACCUGAAGGAGAAGCUCGAGUCCAUGGAAGAAGCAAAAGACGCUUUAGAGGCUGAGAUGAAGAAGCUUAGGGUUCAGACGGAGCAGUGGAGGAAGGCAGCAGAUGCUGCAGCUGCGGUUCUUUCUGGAGAGUUUGAGAUGAACGGACGGGAUCGAUCAGGGUCGACUGAGAAGUGUUUUGCAGGUGGGUUGUUUGACCCAACAGCGGUGGUUGGGUUCAUGGAACCGCCGGGAAUGGCUGAUGAUUCUGAUGACGGAAGUGGCAAGAGGAAGAGUUCAGGGAUGAAGAUGUUUGGUGAGCUGUGGAGGAAGAAAGGACAGAAGUGA